AUGCAGCUGGUGGUAGUACUCCAUUGUGAUGUUCUGUUUCAUUCGUGCUAUUUGGUGCUAUUUGGUUGUAUAUUUUAUUGCUGGUUACAGAACACAUCUGAAAGUGACAAUGAUGAAGUUGAUGGCAACAAUAUAUGUGGUUUCAGAAAGAAAAAGGGAGUCAAAGGUCCUACAAAGUACGUUCCUCCUUUAGAAAAUGAGAAGAUGGAGCUGUCCUGCACCUCGAAAAUACCAGAUUCUUGUCCCCUUCAAGCGACCAGUGGUUCCUCAGAACCACCAUCAAAUGAGCCUCUUCGAAACCUGGCGAGCUUUCCUCCAGUACAAACGGACAGAGCGGGUUGUGGCAGUUCCCAUACCAGCAGCGACGUGAAAGAAGACAUGUCCGGAGAAAUGCAAGAAAUCCAGGAAAAUGCUGACACCAGGAAAAGAAUAAUAGGAAAAACUCACAAGGAAGUAGAUACACCAGCUAAAAUGGAGCAGCCCACGGGCCUGCAGCCUGCAAGGAACGCAGGGAAAGCUGGGUGCGCAGAGGCAGCACGCAGGGGAGAGGGCGCUGAGGAGGCAGAGAGUAAGCAAGAAGAACGGGGUGGGAUGGUAGAAAAAGAUGUGAAGUUUCACGUGACAAAGACGGGCUCCCUGGGCAGUACUGUAACCAUUCGAGGAAGCGGUACUGCCGAGUCCUUCACAGGGGCACCUGACAUUUCUAAGCGAAGUUUGCAAGAGUUGAAGAACCUGCUGAGUGAAGGUCCUCUGCCCGAUUACAGGCCCAAGUGCAGUGGCAAGGCAGGUGGCACUUUUUCUCAGAAAAAUUCGAAGCCCUGGGAGAAAACAGCUGACAAGCAGGGCCGACCCUUUGAGACUUUUAGUCCCCAUUUUGGAGAGGAGAAUCAAAAGUACCACAGCUUCCACAAGGAAGGAGUGGGGCAGCAGAGCAAACCUCUCCUGGUCCUCAGCUCUGCUGGGUCUGAUCAGCAGCAACCAGCGGGAAGUGACGUGGAUCAACUUAUUCUGAGACUACCGGCAGCUUCUACACAUGCAGAAAGCACGGCACCCGAGAUUCAGUUUGACUCCUCCGCAGGCCAAGCUGUGUCCAGCAGAGAGCCUGAUGUAAACGGCCUUGGAAGUCCAACUCUCCUUCACCUGUUCUCUCAUAUUGAAUUUAUUAAGCAGCAGAUGGCCAGGGACAACGUACAGUUUGUCAGAUUUGAAUCAAUAGACCUCCAUGGUGUGUCAAGAUCAAAGAAUGUUCCUUCUCGCUUUUUUCACGAGAAAGCAAUUCAUGGUGUUGCCAUGCCCAGAAGUUAUCUUGAGCUGACCCUGAAUCCUAAAGAUAAUGAAUUAGAUUACUUAAAUGCAACCAAUUUUAAUUGUGACAUAAUCCUGAACCCUGAUUUAUCAACGUUUCGUAUUCUGCCCUGGACUGAGCAGACUGCGAGAGUGAUAUGUGAUUCCUUCACUGUGCUGGGCAACCCGCUAAUGACCUCACCGAGGCACAUUGCCAAGAAACAGCUGAGCCAGCUUCAGGACAAUGGCUUUUCUCUACAGUCUGCCUUCACUUAUGAAUUUUGUAUUUAUGGCAUUACUGAGGUUGUAAAUUCAAAGACAAUAUCCUUUCCUGCAGCCACGAUACUAAAUAACCAUGACCAGACUUUCAUUCAGGAGCUCAUUGAAGGAAUGUAUUAUGCUGGUGCCAACAUUGAAAGCUUUUCUUCUUCCAGUGGGCCUGGACAAAUGGAGAUCACUUUUCAUCCAGCGUUUGGCAUAGAUGCUGCCGACAGUGCCUUCACGUUUAGAACAGGCAUUAAAGAGGUGGCUAAGAAGUAUAACUAUGUGGCUAGCUUUUUCUCAGAAUCGGGAUUCUACAAUUCGGGGGCUCUGUCACAUAGCCUGUGGGAUUUGAAUGGCCAGAAGAAUUUGUUUUCUGCUGGCUAUGGAGUUGAGGAGCUCUCAAAUAUUGGAAAAAAUUGGUUAUCGGGUCUCUUGGCACACACAGCAGCUAUCAGCUGCUUGAUGGCUCCUACCACCAGCUGCCGUAAGCCUUAUUCUAAGUACAGUAAAGAAUCAAAAGAGACUGUAAAUGCAAAAUGGGCAUAUAAUGAUAACAGCUGUGCCUUUAACAUCAAAUGCCACAGUGGAAAAGGCACUCGCAUAGAGAAUAAAUUAAGUUCUGCUACAGCAAACCCCUACCUGGUGCUUGCUGCUACUAUUGCUGCGGGUCUGGAUGGAGUAAAGAGAGGACUUAGGUAUGAUGAUAUGGUCCAGGAAGAAAAUCACACUGGUGAUCUGAAACAUUCGUCAGUCCCUCUGAAACUAGAAGAUGCUCUUGUUGCGCUUGAGAAAGAUUCGUGCAUUAAGGAAGCAUUAGGCGAAACUUUUGUUCGAUACUUUGUUGCCAUGAAACGUUAUGAGUUAGAAACUGAAGAAAUGGAUAGCGAAAGGAAUAAAUGCCUGGGGUAUUUUAUUUAGAAGGAGCACUCUUCUGUAGUGAUGCUGUGUAAAUGCAUACAGUGAAUGGCUAAGAAUCUUGAAAUUAGUAAAUAUAUUUAAAAAUGUUUGUAAUGCCUUGGGAUUUAUUUUUCCCCUCCUUUGUAUAGUACAUGGUGAUUCCAAUUUAUUAUUUGUGUACAUUCAGGACAAUUCAGUGCAAAGCGGAUAUUCAUGAAAUAAAAUUAACAGGCUUUUAAAAAACAGUAUUUUUUUUCAAUUUAAGUGAACAGAUCUGCUGGUGAAAAGAAGAAAAGAGAAGGUGAAAUGGAGAAAAGCAACUGUACAACUGUAAUAGGAUUGUAUAAUGUGCAGAAAAGUAGGAAUAAUGGAGACAGUGUGAGGGGGCAGGAGAACUGAGGAAGGAGGGGAAUUUCUUGUUCAGCAUCACUAUGGACUUUCUCCCAGCCUAUUCAGUAGCUGAAGGGUUGCUAAACCACAAGAAUUUGAGUUUGAUUUAUAACUUAGGCUAGAAUGAUGAACGUUGUAGAGAGCGAGCCAAAGGACCGAGGCUGUAGAACCUGGGAGUCAGGAAUCAGUA